UCAAAGGCGUUGGACGAUCGUACAAAGACUGGCGGCAACUGCGUCUGCAUGCUUACUACGCCCCUCUGUCUCCCUCUUUUUCUUUCAUUUUAGUGCUUCCUCUCUCCUUUUCUCUGUUUCCGGAUACUCCAGAAGCGGGACCAGACGAAGCAGCAGAAGUCUCUUUGCCGUCGUCGUCUCGUGACCGUCGCCUCCCUCUGUGUGUGUGAGUGAGAGAUGGGGUCGACGUUGCCAUGCGGGGAGGCGACUCCCAUGGAGGAAACAGUGCAGGCUCUGCUGGAUAUGCUGGUCUCUCCUCUCCUACCAAAGUUCUCCUCCAACCGUAAUCCUCCCGCCAAAUCACUGGAAGAGUCCAUUGGGAAGCAGAUGCAUGCGGUUGUGUUGCUGUACAAUUACUUCCACAGGAAACAGUUUCCAGAAGUUGAAUUUCUUGAUUAUCAAGCUUUCAUAAAGGUUGCUGUUAUUGCAAAAAAAAUGUUAUUGUCAUUCGUGAAUUGUGGCCAAGGAGGACAGAAAACAAUCACAGAGAAAAUGAUCAUGGAAGCUUUUGAUAUUUGUAAUGGAUUGAAUGCUCUGACCAGCCUUCCUCGUAAAGAUAGUUGGCCAGUCUCAAAAGUUUCAGUUCUUCUUGUUGACACAGCGAAACAGAACUUCUUGCUAGAGUUUGGUUCUGUUAUUCAUGGAGUUUGGUCAUUGAUAGAAAAAGAUAUUACUACUGCUGCUACACAUGCAUCAGGACAAAACGAUUUAGAGAAGCAAAUUACACCUGCCAAGAAGAUUUUUCGUGGCACAACACAGUCAAAGCAAGCUUCUAGCCCAGUAACUUUGGAUGAAGAGGCACUCCUGCAAGUUGCACAUUCUGCUGUCAAUGAUAAAACUGGCCUUGAUUCUUCAUGUUUUUUGGUCCUUCAAAGAGACAAUGUAGAUUCAUUGAGUAAAGUUAGAUCAACUACUCGAUUUUACCUCAUGCAGUGUUUAAAGGAACCUGGUGAACAACUGAAAAAAGUACCUAUUAAGGAUGCACUGAACAGCCUACAGAGUUCCAUAGUUGCCAAGGCGUCCGAUGGUUAUGAGACAACAGAAGCUGUCACCUUUUUCCAAUUAUUUCCAUAUGAAAAGAUAAUCUCAGAUUGGAUGUCCAGAGAAAGUGUCCAAUCAGUGGGUGGACCAGAAAAUAUAACAACUUUGAUGGACAGUAAAGUUCAAAGUGUCACUUCUCCAGACAACCCUUCUUGUAACUUGAAGGGAAACAAAACUUCCAAUGUAUCACAGUUAUUAAAUAUAACAACUUUGAUGGACAGUAAGGUUCAAAGUGUCACUUCUCCAGACAACAGUUCUUGUAACUUGAAGGGAAACAAAGCUUCCAAUGUAUCACGGUUAUCUGAUGAAGAUUCUAAAAGCUUGAAUAUCACUGAAAACCAUGCCACAAAUGAAAAUGGUCAUGGGAAAGUGUCGAAAAAGAAGAAACGUAAAUCACAAUCUAUGAAAAUGCAGGUGGAUCACAAUGUUGAAAAACUUGGUUCUCCAGAAAACAUCAACUCACACAGCCUGAAGAAGAACAAAAUUCUCAAUGAAACAGCUCAAUCUCAUGAAAUUUCAAAUACAGUUAUUUGCAGUACAGAUCCUACUGUAAUUGAAAAUGACUAUGGGAAAGGUGCUAAGCCAUAUGGCUCGGAUGCUCCUUCCAAAGAUUCAGAGCCCUCUGCUUUAUUGGGUUCUGGGGAGGUUCCUUUUGUCAAGGAUUCAUUUGUUGUUGCUGAAGAUCAAGUUGUCAGACCUUGUUGCAAGCAACUGGAGCCGUUUCACAAUGUUGGGGGCACAUUAAACAGCUCAGAAAAUGUUACAAGGAAUGAGUUUGGAACAAAAAAACCACCAAUGAUGCCACAAAUUGGAGACAUAAGUGCCAAGCCUUCUGGGGAACUUGGUGUUGAUUUCUCCAAUCAGGAUGAACUUGCAAAAAGUAACCUCUCUGUUCUGCAAUUUGAAGAUCACACAAAGAAGGGUAAUAACUUGACAAUGAUGUUGUCAUCCAAGGAACAUGCUUUAUUGCAGACUGCUGUAAAAGUCCUGCACAAGAAACAUGCAAAACUAGUGCAUGAGCAUCGGCAGUUAUCAUUAAAGCAGCGGCAGGUGGAGGAUGCAAUUUUUCUGUGUGAAAAGCAAAUUCAAACUAUCAUGGCAGGUGGAGAUGAAGCAUCUACUCUGAUCAUUGAAACUGUGAUAGAAGGUUGUGAUGUUGCACCUUCAGAAGAAGAAACCUUGGAAUCUCACCCAAAUCUGGGCACUGCAUCCAUGAUCAGAACUAAGAAUGAAUUUCUAGAUGCUAGUUCUGAAGAAAAAUAUGCAAUUCAGGGCAAUAAAAGGAAAAGGCUGUCAGAGGCAAUUCUUAAUUUAUAUAGCCCAUGCCAGGAUUUGGAUGAGAUUUGCAGGCAAAACAAUUGGGUGUUGCCAACCUAUACUGUCUUCCCAUCCAGAGGUGGUUUUGUGGCAAGUGUGACGGUUAAUUGUUUGGACUUAAAUUGUUCUGGUGAUGGUGAUAUACGGAGCAAGCCACAAGAGGCAAGGGAAUCUGCUGCAACAUGUAUGUUGAAUAAAUUGCGUGACAUGGCGCAUCAUGUGUAGCCUCCUUGAAAAAAUGUACUUUAAAAACCUGGUAGUCUGGUUUCUGUAAAUUGUUUUAAUUUUUAAUAUAUAGAUGUGCUCGUACUUUCAUCCCCUA